GGUGCAAUGUGCUUCAUUCUGUGCGCGACGUCCACUACGCUAAUUUCUCGCUGUCUUUCCACUGCGGUUUUCCAUCGAGAUACCAGUCCCUGCCCUCCACUUUCUUUUCCUUUGGACUUCAGCCAGGUUCCCUCCACUCCCACCUGCAACAUGCCCAUCCUGUGCGCCCCGCAACGGACGGGCAUUGCAUUCUGCAUUGACGGCCCCGAUUCUCUUUCCCCACCGAUCCAGCACGUUCCAACCCAAGUUACAUCCUCAUGCCAUUUCACUCUCUUACUCAGCAGUCAUUGAUUUGCGCACAAAACCUAGAUGGACGUCUUUGUUUUCGCUCAACUCUCUCCUCAUGGCCCUCAACCUCAAGUGAUAAUUUGAACAGAAUAUGCACGCUCAAGCAAAGACUUGAGGGUAUAUAUGCUGACGAUCGAAGCGCUCGGAUUGGUCGCCUCGCCCUUCUUGCUCUCUCA